UUAAACUUCAACUGAAUUAGAAAAGACUUGUAUAACAUUAGUAGAAGAGGAGGAGGAUAAGAUGAGAGGUGCCGGAAGGAGAAUAGAUAAAGGUGAAUAUUGUUGCAGCUGUGGGAGUUGGCUCGUUAGUUGUUAGGAGGGAGGAGGCAAGUGGUCAAGGACAAUGGGAGACGUUGGCUUAGGGGGUUCUCCUGUAAGUUAGGGAGUUGUCCAGUGCUGGAAGCUGAGUUAUAGGGGACUUUUAAGGGAGUUAAACUAGCAUGAAAGAAAAGAGUUAAGAAGAUUGUCUUAGAGAUGAAUUGUAUAGAGGUAAUUAACAUAUUAAGUGGUCAUAUUUGAGAUUAGAAUUUAUCAUGAGAAUAGAUAUGAAAUGAAAAGUCUUUGACAAACUUUACUGUAUGGUGCAUGACAUUGUGGUGGUUGAAACUCUUAAUACAAUGAUAAAAUUUUUCCUCCUAAAAAAAUAUUUAAGGAAUAUGGAGUUUUGAUUGGUGGUUAGGUAAAAGGUUGGAGCUUGGUAUGGGAGACACAGGGGAAGAGCUAGAAUGUUAGAUAUUACACAGUUUUGACAAAGUAGCAGUUGUUUAUUUGGAUUAUUUAAUGUCCAAAUUGUAACAUAUGUAUGUGAUAAAAACUGGAACAUGAAACAGGUUUGAGCAUCAAACUUCAAAGGUGGGGUCAUUGUUUUCUAAUGAAUUAAAUUACCUUGAAAUUUUUAACAUUUUCUUUUCUUAAGAUUUAUUUCACUUGUUUGUCAUGUUCUUUCAUGGGGGUGUUUUUUUCAUUUUUUUAUGUGUCCCCUCAAAAAAAAAAAAGUGGCAGGUUUUGCCUAAAAAACUCGUCUUUUAACUCAAAAACUCUCUCUUUCUUUGUUCCUUUUCAUGUGAAUAAUUCAUCAUUUCUUUCAUCUUUCUUUUUCUCUUUCCCUUCCCCCCUCCUCUCUCUCUCUCUCUCUCUCUCUCUCUCUCUCUCUCUCUCCAAAAAGGCUACAGAAAAGUUGUUUUUAUUUAUUUAUAUUUGUAUGAAAAAACCCCAAAAUUUCCCCUCAUUUCUUGCCCAGUUUAUAAAGAGAAAUCUUUGUUUUAACAGGGAAAAGGAAGAAAAUAAAGGAUAACAUAAACACAAAAUAAAUUUAUUCCUUUUUUUAUUACAAUUUUUAAUCUUUUGAGUAUGAAUGGUCUUUUACAUCUUGAAGAACCAGAUUGUUCUGAGUUUGUUGAAGUUGAUCCAACUGGAAGAUAUGGCAGAUACAAUGAAAUCCUUGGAAAAGGAGCUUCAAAGACAGUUUAUAGAGCAUUUGAUGAGUAUGAAGGGAUUGAAGUUGCUUGGAACCAAGUCAAACUUUAUGAUUUUCUUCAAAGCCCUGAAGAUCUUGAAAGACUGUAUUGUGAGAUUCAUCUCCUUAAGACAUUGAAGCACAAGAAUAUUAUGAAGUUCUAUACUUCUUGGGUUGAUACCGCCAAUAGGAACAUUAAUUUUGUCACUGAAAUGUUCACUUCUGGAACUUUAAGACAGUAUAGGCUAAAGCAUAAGAGAGUGAACAUUAGAGCAGUGAAGCAUUGGUGUAGGCAGAUCUUGAGAGGCCUUCUUUAUCUCCAUAGCCAUGAUCCCCCUGUGAUUCAUAGAGAUCUUAAAUGUGACAAUAUUUUUGUCAAUGGCAACCAAGGAGAAGUUAAGAUCGGCGAUCUCGGCCUUGCGGCGAUUCUCCGCAAAUCUCAUGCUGCUCAUUGUGUUGGAACACCAGAGUUUAUGGCUCCAGAGGUUUACGAAGAAGCCUACAAUGAAUUAGUUGACAUUUAUUCGUUCGGAAUGUGCAUUUUAGAAAUGGUUACUUUCGAGUAUCCUUAUAGUGAGUGCACGCAUCCAGCUCAAAUCUACAAGAAAGUUGUCUCUGGUAGAAAACCAGAUGCUUUGUAUAAAGUUAAGAAUCCGGAAGUCCGACAAUUUGUUGAGAAAUGUUUGGCAACUGUGUCUUUGAGGCUAUCUGCGAGAGAGUUGUUAAAUGACCCUUUUCUCCAGAUUGAUGAUUGUGAAUAUGAUUUGAGACAACUAGAAUAUGGGAGGGAACUUGAUGAAGUCGGUCCUCUCAUUAGGCUACCGUAUCUCGAGUUUCAUCACUAUAGUAAUUCUUAUAGUAACGGAUACUCAAAUGGUUAUGGUUACGAAACACCAAAUGAAUGGGGGUAUCAUCCUGCUGAAAUUGAACCAAGUGGAAUCGAGCUUUUUGAAUAUCAAGAGGAUGAACAUGCUGCAAAUGUAGACAUAAGCAUCAAGGGGAAGAUGGGAGAUGAUGGUGGUAUCUUUUUGAGACUUCGGAUUGUCGAUAAAGAAGGUCGUAUUAGAAACAUAUAUUUCCCAUUCGAUGUUGAAACUGAUACAGCAUUGAGUGUUGCUACUGAAAUGGUUUCAGAAUUGGAUAUCACUGACCAAGAUGUGACUAAAAUAGCUGAUAUGAUCGAUGGAGAAAUUGCUUCCUUAGUACCUGGUUGGAGACGGGGGCCGGGAAUUGAUGAAUCACCGCACUUUUCGAAUCAGAACUUUUGUCAUAAUUGUGCUUCAAACCGUACAUCUACCGGCUCCCUCUUAGAUUUUUUGACACAUAAUGGAGGUGUCAAAGACUCGCGAGUUCUUCAGUGUUGUAGAACUGGAUGUGCUUCAAUGCAUGGCCGGUUUGAAGAGAUUACUUUUCAAGUCGAGGAAUCCGAGCAUUGUGUGACAGAUGGUGCACCGAACGAGUCAAGCCAAUCGGACAAUUUGCAUUACCAGGAAAUAUGGGAUCAGCACGAAAAUCAUGAACUUAGACACAGAAAUUCAGACGAAGAGUUCGAUAAAUCAGAUCAAUCAUUCUCGGCAAAUGAUGAUAAAGAAGUUAGAGAAGAAAAGAAAAUCCAAUCUCCUAACAGGAAUUCAAUCCAAUGUUUGACAAGCUCUCGGUCUUUCUCCGAAGUUCAUUCAUUAUACUGUGAUCUCUCCGACAAUUACGAGAAUGAAGUCCAACAGGAACUGAGAUGGCUUAAAGCAAAGUACCAGAUGGAAUUAAGAGAACUUAGAGAUCAACAACAAUUAGGAAUUGUAUCAGACUCUUCAAACUGCAGUAACAAAGACAAGAACAGAAACAAUGACAUUCCGCCAUUAUCGACUUUUGCCCCUAACAAGCAUUUUAACUCCGAUUUCCAUGACAAUAAGAAUAAGAGGUGCCCCAAUUCAGCUAACCGAGGUGGCCAGUAUCGCAAACCGGCAGAAUCUCCAAGAGUUAAGGAGAUGGUCACUGCUCAAAAUUUCUUUACUGGACCACUGCUUCCACAAUCUCUUCAUAGAACAAGUUCCCUUCCAGUUGAUGCUGUUGAUAUAUAACGUAAGACUCUGCAUUCUUUUGAACAUUUCUCUAUAUUUUUAGAGGCUGAAAUAAAUAUGAAAUCAACCCCUUUUUAUUUUUUGGUCCAUCAAUGUUCAAUCCAAUUAGUUUUUCUCUAUAAUAUCAUACAAAAAUCGACAUCUUUGCCGUCUUAUAA